GACAGAGCAGCACAGAGCGGACAGAGCAGCAGAGGACGGACGUUAAUGCUCGCUCUUUCCACAGCAGCAUCCCUCUGAGGAACAGCUCAACCUCUGGCAGACGCCACAACUCAAACGACAGGCCCGAUGACUCCUGGAUUGAGACCCACGGUGCUUCUGCUGCUGCUGAUUUGCUGUUGGCAGCUGAACACGGCCAAAGAUGGAAAAUCUGCAAAGAAAGGGAAGAAAGGAAAGCAAGUGAUCUGUCCAUCACAACUGUCACCAGAAGAUCUGGCCCAAGUUCCAGCUAACUCUACCUCUAACAUCUUAAAUCGUCUGAUGGUCAGUUAUGAUCCAAGGAUCAGGCCUAACUUUCAAGGUAUCCCAGUUGAGUCUAGAGUGAACAUCUUUAUCAACAGCUUUGGGUCCAUCCAGGAAACAACCAUGGAUUACAGAGUUAAUAUAUUUCUUCGUCAGAGAUGGAAUGACCCUCGUCUACGACUCCCCACCGAUUUCAAAAGUGAAGCCCUGACCGUUGACCCCAACAUGUUCCAGUGUUUGUGGAAACCAGACCUUUUCUUCGCCAAUGAGAAAAAUGCCAACUUCCAUGAUGUCACGCAGGACAACAUUCUUCUGUUUAUAUUCAGGAAUGGAGAUGUCCUCAUCAGCAUGAGGCUGUCAGUGACACUGUCUUGUCCCUUGGACCUUACUCUCUUCCCCAUGGACACACAACUCUGUAAGAUGCAACUGGAGAGCUGUGAGUAUUGA